AUGGCCCCCACAAUGGAAAACAAUGCACCGGCCACAGUACCAGCACCAGCAGGAGCAACAGCCCCAUCAGCUCAAGCACCAGUACCAGCUUCAGCACCAGUUACAGCUCCAAUCCGGGCACCAGCUACCAGCUUCUCGCACCAGCUUCUGCAUCUCCAAUCCACCAGCUUCUGCACCAGCCUUCCACCAGCUUCUAGAGCUCCAAUCCGGGCACCAGCUUCUGCACCAGCUAGAGCUCCAAUCCGGGCACCAGCUUCUGCACCAGCUUCUCCAAUCCGCACCAGCUUCAGAGCUCCAAAGAUCCGGGACCCUUCUAGAGCUCCAAUCCGGGCACCAGGCACCAGCUUCCACCACUUAGGGCUCCACCAGCUAGAGCUCCAAUCCGGGCACCAGCUUCUGGAGCUCCAAUCCGGGCAGCUUCUUCCAAUCCGGGCACCAGCUUCUCACCAGCUGCACCAGCUGCUAGAGCUCCACCAGCUUCUGCACCAGCUAGAGCUCCAAUCCGGGACAGCUUCAGCACCAGCUAGAGCUCCAAUCCGGGCACCAGCUUCUGCACCAGCUAGAGCUUCCAAUCCGGGCACCAGCUUUCUGCACCAGCUAGAGCUCCAAUCCGGGCACCAGCUUUGCACAGCUAGAGCUCCAAUCCGGGCACCAGCUUCUGCACCAGCUAGAGCUCCAAUCCGGGCACCAGCUUCUGCACCAGCUAGAGCUCCAAUCCGGGCACCAGCUUCAGCAGCCACUUCUGCACCAGCUAGAGCUCCAAUCCGGGCACCAGCUCUGCACACUAGAGCUCCAAUCCGGCACCAGCUAGCUUCAACAGCUCAGCACCAGCUAGAGCUCCAAUCCGGGCACCAGCUUCUGCACCAGCUAGAGCUCCAAUCCGGGCACCAGCUUCUGCACCAGCUAGAGCUCCAAUCCGGGCACCAGCUUCUGCACCAGCUAGAGCUCCAAUCCGGGCACCAGCUUCUGCACCAGCUAGAGCCCAAUCCGCUUCUGCACCAGCUAGAGCUCCAAUCCGGGCACCAGCUAGAGCUCCAAUCCGGGCACCAGCUACCAGCUAGAGCUCCAAUCCGGGCACCAGCUUUGCACCAGCUAGAGCUCAAUCCGGGCACCAGCUUCGCACCAGCUAGAGCUCCAAUCCGGGCACCAGCUUCUGCACCAGCUAGAGCUCCAAUCCGGGCACCAGCUUCAGCACCAGCUAGAGCUCCAAUCGGGCACCAGCUUCUGCACCAGCUAGCUCCAAUCCGAGGGCUCCGGGCACCAGCUUCUGCACCAGCUCUCCAAUCCGGGCACCAGCUUCAGCACCAGCUAGAGCUCCAAUCCGGCACCAGCUUCAGCACAGCUAGAGCUCCAAUCCGGGCACCAGCUUCAGCACCAGCUAGACCAAUCCGGCACCAGCUUCCAGCACCAGCUAGAGCUCCAAUCCGGGCACCAGCUUCUGCACCAGCUAGAGCUCCAAUCCGGGCACCAGCUUCAGCACCAGCUAGAGCUCCAAUCCGGGCACCAGCUUCUGCACCAGCUAGAGCUCCAAUCCGGAGCUCCAAUCCACCAGCUUCUGCACCACUAGAGCUCCAAUCCGGGCACCAGCUAGAGCUCCAAUCCGGGCACCAGCUUCUGCACCAGCUAGAGCUCCAAUCUUCUGCACCAGUUCAAACACCAGCUCUAGCACCAGCCGCAGCUCAGCCCUCACUGCAGCAAGACAAGCAAAAGACCAACGGAGUUAUAAAGAAUAUGCUACAAAUGCUGUUACGGAAGAUGCAGCAGAUGAUUCAGCAAUCUCAGUUCGCGCUCCUCAACAACACUAACCUCUAG